GGCGUUCCUAGGGGUCUAGUCGAGCAAGGCACUCUGAUCUCUGAGCUCUCUCUCUCUCUCUCUCCUCUUCACCAUGUCCGUUUCGUCCUCGCACUGUGCGGCCUCAAGAAUUCUGCAAAUAGGCAUAUUAGGCUUCGGGCCCUUCGCACAAUUCCUGUCAAAGACCAUGAUCAGACAAGGCCAUAUUCUACGGGCAGCUUCUCGGACCGAUUACUCUACUCCCUGUGCCCACCUGGGUAUCUCGUUCUUCAGGGACGUUGGUGCGUUUCUUGAAGCAGAAAACGAUGUCAUUCUGAUAUGCACAUCAAUCGUAUCUCUGUCGGAGGUUCUCCAGUCACUUCCACUCCAUCGUCUGGAACGGCCAACACUUUUCGUCGAUGUACUCUCGGUCAAAGAGCACCCAAGAAACGUUCUUUUGCAAGUACUGCCUGAGGAGUCCGACGUGCUUUGCACGCACCCUAUGUUUGGGCCAGAUAGCGGCAAAGAUGGGUGGAAAGAUCUAGCCUUGAUGUACGAGAGAGUUCGAAUCAGAGAUGAAGCAAUCUGCUCAAGCUUCCUCCAAAUUUUUGAAAGCGAGGGUUGCAGAAUGCUUGAAAUGUCUUGCGAAGAACAUGACAGAAUGGCAGCUAGGAGCCAAUUUAUAACUCACACCAUUGGCAGGAUGCUAUCAGAAAUGGAGAUCCAGUCCACAUCUAUAAACACAAAGGGCUUUGAGGCACUUGUUCAAUUGAAAGAGAGCACCAUGAGAGAUAGUUUUGAUCUGUUCAGCGGGUUAUUUCUACAUAAUAGGUUUGCCCAACAAGAGCUGGAAAACCUUGAGCUCGCCUUCCAGAAAGUCAAACAGCAGCUGGUAGAGAAGAUGAACAAGGAGGAACAGAAUUUGAACGAUUCUAAACUCCGAUGAAGAGUACUCUCAUUAUUACAAAGAUGUACCAAUGACCUUUUACUCAUUUCAUAUAUAUUGUUUAAGUUUUGGGAAAGGUGUUGAAUUUUUUGAAAUAAGAAAUUCUAAUUUACUGUUUCAAA